AUGAUUCUGAAAUUCUUAAUCCCUGUCAUCCUUUUGGUAACAUGCCCCGUACAUUUACACGUAUCUGCACAACUUUACCCACCAAUAGCAAAGCCUGGCUGUGAUUCGCGAUGUGGAGAUGUGGGCAUUCCUUUUCCGUUUGGAAUGAAGGGUUCCGAUUGCUAUGCAGGAGAGUGGUUUGAAAUAGAAUGCAGAAGCACUUCCAGCAACCAUUACUAUUCCGCACCUUACCUCAAGUCAACAGGAGUGGAAGUGACAUCCAUUGAUGUCCAGAGAGGCACGGUUACAAUCAAACAUCCGAUUUACCGCAGUAACUGCGGAACCAAAGAUUCUCCGCCGGUCAACCAGUCGCUGGAAGGAAGUCCUUUCGUGUAUUCAGAGGAAUACAACAAAUUUGUUGCCGCAGGUUGCAAUAUUAUUUCCUUUUUGCAGUUAAAUGGGUCAGAAGCUAGUGGUUGUGUGUCCAUCUGCGACAACGAGAAGAAGGUGGAUGAUAUCGGGAAAAUGAAGCUCUCAAGCACUGAUUGUAAUGGCAAGUACUGCUGUGAGACUUCCCUGCCACUGUAUCUUAACGAGUAUACCACAGAAAUAAAAGGUUUAAAGGAGAAUGGAACGGGUCAUCAUGAGUGCAGUUACGCCAUGGUUGUAAAACAAGAUAGGAACAGCUACCAAGACUAUACUGGUGAUCCCCUGAAAAGCUACUACUCUCUUACUCAUGGUGCGGUGAAGGAUCUAGAUAUGGUCCCAGCGGUGCUUGAAUGGGAGAUUCUGAACAAUUUGGACCUUAAACUCCCUGCAGGUCAUCACUCUCACUGUUAUGACACGAAUGUUACAUCUUCGCGAUAUAAACGCUCAGGCCGGAGAUGCUCCUGCGAAGUAGAUGCUUACGGUUCCAAUCCCUACGUUGCUGGAGGUUGUAGUCAACCUGCAAAUUAUCCGGAGGCCGAAGGGACAAGUGGAGUAACAAUGUCUAUCCUUAAAGGAGUUUCUAUAAGCUUUGGAGCCAUCAUUUUACAGCUUCUUUCAUUGCGGGUGUUUGAUGUUGCAAAAAGAACCACGCUGAAUAAAUACAGAGAAAAAAUCUUCAAACGAAAUGGAGGAUUAUUGUUAGAACAAAAAUUGUCUUCUGGUGAAGUUAAUAUGAAUAAAGUUAAACUGUUUAGCUUAAAGGAAUUGGAGAAAGCCACCAACAACUUUAAUAUGAAUAGAGUGCUUGGAAAAGGUGGUCAAGCUACUGUUUACAAAGGCAUGUUAAUAGAUGGAACAAUUAUUGCAGUGAAAAAAUUUAAGGUCCACGGAAAGAUUGAAGAAUUCAUCAAUGAAUUUGUCAUUCUUUCACAAAUUAACCACAAAAACGUGGUCAAGUUGUUAGGAAGUUGUUUGGAGACUGAAAUUCCUUUGCUUAUUUAUGAAUUUAUUCCUAAUGGUAACCUUUUCGAGUACUUGCAUGAACAAAAUGAGGAUUUGCCAAUGACAUGGGACAUGCGUUUGAGAAUUGCCACUGAAGUUGCAGGAGCUUUAUUUUACUUGCACUCUGCUGCUUCUCAGCCUAUUUAUCAUAAAGACAUAAAGUCAACAAAUAUACUAUUGGAUGAAAAGUAUAGGGCAAAAGUAGCAGACUUUGGCACAUCCAGAAUGAUUUCCAUUGAUGUUACUCAUCUCACUACAGUAGUUCAAGGAACAUUUGGAUACUUGGACCCUGAAUUUUUUCAAACUAGUCAAUUCACAGAAAAGAGUGAUGUCUACAGCUUUGGAGUAGUUCUUGUUGAACUCUUAACAGGGCAAAAGCCAAUAUCCCUACUAAGUCCAGAGGAAGCAAAAAGUUUAGCCUCACAUUUCAUUAUUUGUAUGGAGGAAAAUCGUGUGUUUGAUAUUAUUGAUGGAAGAGUCAUGAAGGAAGGGGAGAAAGAUCAUAUCAUGGAUGUUGCCAAUCUUGCAAGUAGAUGUUUAGUGUUGAAUGGAAAGAGACGACCAACUAUGAAGGAAGUCACAUUGGAAUUAGAAGGUAUCCGAAGAUUGGAAGGAAAGUCUAAUGCACAAGAAAGACAUAAUGAACUUGUUCGAAGUGAAGACUAUCAAUCAUGGAAUGAGUAUUCUGAUACCUCAGAAAUAAGGUCAAGUUUUGAUCUAAACAGUAGAACACUCAGUUUGGACGAUGAUAUUCAUAUUCUUACCACAUAA